GAAUGCUGCGUGUCGGCGGGGAGGUGUGCGCGUCUUGCUUCAACUCCCAGGGCAUAUUCCUUUAACUUGUCCUCCUCCUCCUCCUCCCUGUCUGGAUUAUUGUUAAGCACGGCGAACUGGGAAACACGCAGUAACGCCUGGCUCCAGAUGGCUAGAACCCUGGCUCUGAGUAGGGGCAGGACUGCUCGCACGCCCCCGUCGCUCAUUUACGGGCUGCUCUUGCUCUCAGUGGCCGUGACAGGCAGCGCAAACGCACAGCGCAUCGGCGCUACCGGCCUGUCAUAUGCGCUCCGAUCUGAACUUUCCGAGGAUACCAUACUGGUUGCCAACAACGGGAUACGCGUGCCUUUCGGGAGGUCCGCUUUCAUUGACCCUAUCAACGAUUUAGUCACUCAAGUCCAGCCGGGAGACAGAUGCAGCAUAACUGUCCUGGAUAACGACCCACUGUCACAAAGACCCGGACACUUGUCUCCGAAAAAGUUUUCGUGCGAAUUCGGUCCCAAUGACGUGAAGUACACGCACUUCGGCUCCAGGAGCCCUUCGAAAGACAGAGUCCGGGUCCAGCUCAGGUAUGACACGCAGACCGAUACCAUUAUUAUACCAUUCAUGAUGGAAGUAGAGGUUGUUUUCACCCAGCUGGAAGUGUUAACCAGAAACAUGCCGCUUACUGUAGAAAAACUGUUCGGUGUCAGUAACCCCAUUGACCGAAAAAUUUUGGAGUUUACUUUUGAUAGAAACUCACAGCAGUGCAAAGUGUCGUCUUUAUCCAGUACCAGUAUAUUGCCCAGUUAUGGGAAACUUGUUGAUGGGGGCAAACUGGGGAAAAUGAUGGACUGUGAUGAAUUACUUAAGUCAGAUGUACGCUAUCGUCACACAUCCGAGCAAAAAUCCCCUAACAGAGAUUAUAUUCCAAUGAUGGUCGAAUUACAAGACAAGGAGGGAAAUCUUAUCAAACAGGAGUUUUUCCAGAUCCUGGUGCGCAUACGUGAGGGAGAAGAAAACACUCCACCUAAGCCCAGCUUUGUUGCAAUGAUGAUGAUGGAGGUGGACCAAUUUGUUAUGACCGCAAUAACACUGGACAUGUUGGCUGCAGAAGACACAGAAUCAGAUCCAGACAGCCUGAUUUUCAAUAUCACCUCUCCAUUGUCCUUGGAGGAGGGUUGCAUCGUCAGUACAGAUGAUCGGAAUUUACCAAUCACAUCUUUCUAUCAAGGGGACGUUAAGGAUCUAAAAAUAGCAUACAAGCCACCCUCAAUAGAUUCUGACACCGAGAGAAUUUUCCAGAUUGAAUUUGAGGUGGUGGACGCAGAGGGAGCCGUUUCUGACCCAUUUGCCUUCAUGAUUGUAGUUAAGCCCAUGAACACUCUAGCUCCAGUGGUGACCAGGAACACUGGCCAGCUUUUGUAUGAAGGCCAGUCUAGGCCACUGUUCAGUGAUGGCAACCUGGAAAUCAGUGAUGAGGACAACCUGGACGAUGUCAGAAUCAAUGUCAUUGAUGGGCUGCGGCACGGACAGCUGACUGUUUUGGGCUCCAGUGCGAUGUUCUUCACGCCAGCCGACCUCGACAACAGCGUUGUCGUUUAUCAACACGAUGGCAGUGACACGUACAGCGACAACAUCAUUUUCAGAAUGACAGACGGCAAACACGAGGUGGAGUUUCUCUUUCCGAUCACCGUCGUGCCGACUGAUGACGAACCUCCAAUUGUCAACGCUAACACAGGCCUGGUGCUGUUCAAGAACCAGAUGAUGCCUAUGUCAGCACUGAUGCUAAGUGCGGCAGACAUCGACUCUGAGGAUUCAACUAUAAAGUUCACCAUUAAACCGCCCUUCUCUGCCAUUGGAGAAGUGUUACUGCGGCAGGCUGAGGCUCCAGAAGACCCAUCCUCGUGGAAGUUUAACGCAGCUGAUGAACUUUAUGAAAAAGUGGUGACGGAAUGGCUGCAGCAAGACCUUACUGAUGGAAAGGUGUUUUACAGACACGUGGGGCCCCACAACACUGACAUUGUGAUGGAUCAGUUCAAGUUCCAUGUUCAGGAUGACAACGACCCGCCCAACCAGUCUGAGGAGAGCACAUUUGUCAUCAAGGUCCUUCCCAUUGACGAUGUCCCACCUGAGCUGUACCCUGGCACUGUUCUGCAAAUGACAGUGCAUGAGUACCAGCUGACUCAUUUUACUAAAAAGGUUCUGCGCUACACCGACCUCGACUCAGAGGACCGGGAUCUGAAAUACAUGAUCAUCCAGCCACCCACAGACAUGGAUGAGAAUAACCGAGUUGUUCUAGGAUCCAUUGUUCUGACAGAGAAUCCUGACACUGAAGUGACUGAAUUCACGCAGGCACAAAUUAAUCAUCACAAAAUUGCCUACAAACCCCCCGACCUCGAGCUGGGGAUCACUCCACACAUCUUGCAGUUCCAUUAUACUGUUGAAGACACUGCAGGUAACACUGUUGUUGGAACAUUCACUAUAUUCUUGCAGCCUGUUGACAACAAGCCCCCUCAGAUUACCAACACUGGCUUCACUGUCUUUGAGCGGGGCAUGCACAUCCUGACACAUGCUGAACUGGACACUAAAGACGCCGACACAGAUGGCAACCAGAUAACAUUUACACUUAUCCAACCUCCACUCCAUGGUGAGGUCAAAUACAUAUUGACAGACUUGACCAAAGGUGACUCCUUUAAACUGGAGGACAUUUCUAAUGGCAGGAUCUCCUAUGUCCACAAUGGGGAUGAAUCCACAAGGGAUUUGUUCCAACUGGAUGUCAGUGAUGGCAUCCACAUUGUCACGAUCACGGUGAAGGUGGCAGUGAAGCCUGUCGACGAUGAGACACCAAUAAUUAGCCUGCCCGCGGGCACCAUUGGCUCCCACAUGGACGUUCUGGAGAACAGUGCCACAGAGAUUACAACUAAUGUCAUCCAAGGGAAAGAUGAAGACACAGAUGAUCUCAGGCUGACAUUUAUUGUGGAAGAUGCCCCUAUUUUUGGGCAGAUUUUUGUCAGUGGGGUUCCUUCUACGCAGUUUACCCAGGCUGACAUAAUCAAUGGACAUGUAGUGUAUGCUCAUACGAGUGGGGAGAUUGGCCUGACCACAAAGAAUGACUACUUCAACCUAACGCUAACUGACAUGUCAGAUGAAUGGACGGUAGGGGGCAAUAGAGUGAAUGGGGUCCGUGUUGAGGUCACCAUCCUCCCAGUGGACAACCGUUCCCCUGAGGUCACAGUGGGGCCUUUAUUCAGUGUGGUGGAAGGAGAAAAGAAUGUCAUAGAAGGACAUCAGAUAAGUGCCAAAGAUGCUGACACGCUCAUCGGUGACAUUCUCUGCACAAUCAUUGUCCAGCCCACCUCUGGAUACUUGGAGAACAUCUCACCUGCUCCUGGCUCAGAGAAGUCAAGAACUGGUACAGCCAUCAGUGCUUUUACCAUUAAGGACAUCAGACAAGGUCACAUUUAUUAUGUUCAGAGCAUUCAUAGGGGUAUGGAGCCAGUUGAGGACAGAUUCACAUUCAGCUGUUCAGAUGGCAUAAACUAUUCAGAGCGCCAUUUUUUCCCCAUUGUCAUCAUUCCCGCCAAUGAUGAAAUGCCUGAAAUUUUCACUAGAGAGUUCGUUGUGAUGGAAGGCAUGAAUAUUGUUAUUGACACCCCCAUCCUUAAUGGUGCUGAUGGUGAUUUUCCGCGCGAUAAAUUAACAUUCAUCGUCACCAGACCACCCAAGCAUGGCUACAUUCUCAACCAGUUAACCACCAGCUCAGUCCCAGUCACUAAUUUUACCCUUGACCAAAUCACAGAGGGUUCAACUAUUGUAUAUGAGCAUGAUGAUUCAGAGACUACUGAGGAUAGCUUUGAUAUCCGCCUCACAGAUGGUAAGUUCACAGAAGAGAAAACGGUCAUUGUCAUGAUAAUCCCAGUGGAUGAUGAAACACCCAGGAUGUCUAUCAAUGAUGGCCUGGAAGUAGAGAUUGGGGAAACUAAAAUAAUCAACCAGAAAGUGUUGAAGGCCACAGAUCUCGACUCAGAUGACAGCAGUCUGACAUACAUCAUUCGUCUUGGACCAGGACAGGGGUUCCUGCAAAGGAAAACUCCUUCUGGGUUACUGGAGAAUAUUACAGUUGGCAUGAACUUCACACAGAGACAAGUCGACCUUGAUCUCAUCGUGUACAUUCACAAUGGACAGGAGGGCAUCCGUGACCUCAUCAAGUUUGACGUCACGGAUGGCUUCAACAGUCUCAUAGACAGAUACUUUUACAUCACCAUUGGCAGUAUUGAUAUGGUGUUUCCUGAUGUGGUGAGUAAAGGCGUGUCUCUCAAAGAGGGUGGCAUGGUGACCUUCACUACAGACCUCCUGAGCACCAGUGAUCUGAACAGUCCAGAUGAAAACCUGGUUUUUACUAUCACCCGGGCACCUGUACGUGGGCAUCUGGAGUGCACAGAUACUCCUGGCAUGCCCAUUGUGUCCUUCACACAGCUCCAGCUUGCAGGGAGCAAGAUCUACUACAUCCAUACAUCAGACGAUGAGGUCAAGAUGGACAGCUUCGAGUUUGAGGUCACGGACGGCUACAAUCCUGUGUUCCGCACGUUCCGCGUGUCCAUCGUGGAUGUAGACAACAAGAAACCUGUCCUCACGGUGCACCGUCUGACGGUAAUGGAAGGUGAGAGCAAACUGAUCACGCCCUUCGAGUUGACUGUGGAGGACCAGGACACGGCAGACCGCCUGCUGAGGUUCACAGUCACGCAAGUGCCCGUACACGGCAGGCUGCUCUUCAAUAACACCCACCCCGUAACCUCGUUCACCAAACAUGACCUUGAGGAGAAUAUGAUCAGCUACCGGCACGAUGGCACCGAAUCACCGGCGGACAGCUUCUCGUUCACCGUCACCGAUGGGACGCACUCCGACUUCUACGUAUUCCCCGACACUGUGUUUGAGACCCGGAAGCCACAGAUGAUGAAGAUCACCAUUCUGUCCAUUGACAACGGGGUGCCGCAGAUCGUUGUCAACAAGGGCGCUUCCACGCUGAAGGUCCUGUCAGUAGGACGGCUGGGGUUUAUGAUCACCAGUAAAAUCCUGAAAGCUGAAGACAGAGACAGUGUCCGACACUCCCUGAUUUUCCACAUCACUGCUGGUCCUGAGCAUGGCCACCUUCUGAACCUGGCAAAAGGCAAUGCCACCAUCACCUCAUUCACCCAAGCUGACCUGGACGACCUGAAGAUCUGCUAUGUUUUGAGUGACCACAAGAAUGCCACAUCUGACAUAUUCCAUUUCUCUGUCUCGGACAGCGGUGGCAACCAGCUGAGAAACCAGCAGUUUCUCUUGAACUGGGCGUGGAUCUCCCUGGAGAAGCAGCACUACGUGGUAGACGAGGACGCCAAGGUCCUGGAGGUGCUGCUGAAGCGCAGGGGCUUCCUGGGGGAGACGUCAUUCGUCAGCAUCAGCACCAGGGACGGAACGGCUGAGCGCGACAAGGACUUCCGGGGCAAGUCGCAGAAGCAGGUCCAGUUCAACCCGGGCCAGACGGCAGCUACGUGGCGUGUGCGCAUCCUAGCGGACGGCCAGUUCGAGCAGUCAGAGAACUUCCAGAUCAUCCUGUCGGAGCCAGUCAUGGGGGUGCUGGAGGUCCCAUCCGUGGCCAACGUGGACAUUGUCGACCCCAGGGAUGAGUCCACGGUCUUCAUCCCCCAGUCCAGCUACGCCAUUGAGGAGGAUGUUGGUGAGCUGUUUAUACCCGUGAAGCGAAGUGGAGACAUCAGCCAAGAACUCAUGGUAAUCUGCUACACUCAGCAAGGUACAGCCACAGGCACCGUCCCCACCACAGUCCUCUCCUACUCCGACUACAUCUCGCGUCCUGAGGAACACAUCAGCGUGCUGCGCUUCGACAAAGGUGAGGCGGAGAAGGCCUGCCGUGUUGUCAUCAUCGACGAUUCGUUGUACGAAGAAGAAGAGAACUUCAACGUCACGCUCAGCAUGCCCUUGGGAGGGCGACUGGGCUCGGAGUACCCUAGCGCCCGUGUCAACAUCCUGCCCGACCAGGACGACGCACCUGCGUUCUACUUCGGAGAGCUGGAGUACCACGCUGAUGAGAGCGAGGGCCAUGUGGAGGUACGCGUGUGGAGAACCGGGACCGAUCUGUCCAAGGUGGCCACCGUUACCGCACGUUCCCGAAAGACCGAGCCCGUUUCCGCCGAAGCUGGCACGGACUAUGUGGGGAUCAGCCGCAAUCUAGAUUUUGCCCCAGGGGUGAACAUGCAAACCUUACGUGUGACCAUCCUGGAUGACCUGGGCCGCCCCGCCCUCGAGGGAGUAGAGAGGUUCGAGCUGGUACUGCGAAUGCCGAUGAACGGCGUUCUUGGAGAGCCAAGCAAGACCACCAUCUACAUCAACGACUCUGCCUCAGACUUGCCCAAAGUACAGUUCCGGAAUACCAUGUACACAGCCAAUGAAAAUGAGGGUCAGGUCUCAGUCAUGGUGCACCGCAGCGGUGACAUCAGCUACCGGUCCACUGUCAGAUGCUACACCCGGCAGGGCUCUGCCCAAGUGAUGAUGGACUUUGAAGAGCGGCCGAACACUGAUGCCUCGCUCAUCACCUUUCUCCCAGGGGAAACGGAGAAGCCGUGCAUACUGAAGCUGGUGGACGACUCGCUUCACGAGGAGGACGAGGAGCUCCGGCUGGUGCUGGGGAGUCCCAGGAGUGACUCGCCGUUUGGGGCGUCUGUCGGGGCUCAAAACGAGACACUCGUCAGGAUAAACGACCAUGCAGACAAGCCCAUCAUCAAGUUCGCUGAGACCAAGUUCAGCGUGAGCGAGCCACGAGAGGUCGGCCAGGUGGCGGUGGUUCGGAUCCCCGUGCUGCGGGUGGGAGACUCCUCCAAGGUGUCGGUGGUUCGCGUUCACACCAAAGACGGCUCUGCCACCUCAGGAGAGGACUACCACCCCAUAUCCAAAGAUGUGGAGUUUAAGGAAGGGGACACGCGACGUGUGGUGGAGGUAGAGAUUCUGUACGACGGCGUGCGGGAAAUGAGGGAGGCCUUCACUGUCCACCUGAAGCCUGACGAGAACAUGGUCGCUGAGAUCCAGAUGAGCAAAGCCAUCGUGUACAUCGAGGAAGUUAGUAUGGCCGAUGUCACCUUCCCCUCCCUGCCAGAAGUGGUCUCCCUGCUGGAGUACGACGACACCGGUCGGACCACGGACCGCCUCCACCCCACAGCUGGUUACCCUGUCAUCUGCGUUACGGCCUGCAAUCCAAAAUACUCAGACUACCACAAGACAGGCUCCAUCUGUUUUAGCGAGCACAUCAACAACACCCUGACCCGGUACCGCUGGCUGGUCAGCGCUCCCGCUGGGCCCGAUGGUGUCACUAGCCCCAUGAGGGAGGUGGACUUUGAUACCUUCUUCACGUCCUCCAAGCUCAUCACUCUGGACUCCAUUUACUUCCAAGCCGGCUCGCGGGUUCAGUGCGUCGCCCGCGCCGUCAACUCCAACGGUGACGAGGGCCUGGAGAUAAGCAGCCCAGCUGUCACCAUCAGCGUGGAGGAGGGCUUGUGCCAACCCCGUAACCUGGGCACGGUGGGUGCUGAGCCCUUCUCCGCCAAGCUGCGCUAUACGGGAGCUGACGACCCCGACCAUGCCAACCUCAUCAAGCUGACAGUCACCAUGCCACACAUCGACGGCAUGCUGCCAGUGAUCUCCACUCGGCAGCUAUCCAACUUCGAAUUAACGCUCAGCCCAGACGGCACACGGGUGGGCAACCACCGCUGCUCCAACCUGCUGGACCAGCACGAGGUCACCACCCGUCACGGCUUCCUUACCGACGCUGCCCACGGCGCCAAUGUCAUCGGGGAUGCCAUGCCGUACCAGUACAGUUCCGCCCUGCGGGGUGCGGGGGCGCUGCGCUUCUACAGGAACCUGAACCUGGACGCCUGCCUCUGGGAGUUCACCAGCUACUACGACAUGUCCGAGCUGCUCACGGACUGCGGGGGGACGAUCGGGACCGAUGGGCAGGUGCUGAACCUCGUCCAGUCAUACGUGACUCUGCGUGUCCCGCUCCACGUAUCCUACGUCUUCCACUCUCCCGUGGGCUUGGGCGGCUGGCAGCACUUCGACCUGCAGUCUGAGCUGCGUCUCACCUUCGUGUACGACACUGCCAUCUUGUGGAGGGAUGGUAUCGGGAGCCCUCCUCAGGCAGAACUGCAAGGUUCUCUGUAUCCAACCAGCAUGCGGAUCAACGAACAGAGCCGCCUAGUGGUGAACUUCCGCACGGAGGCUCGCUUCCGAGGCCUUUUCGUAACGUCACAUUCUGGCUCCUCGAUGUCCUCCAUGGUCAUGUGCACCGAUCACCCAGGGCUCACCUUCAACCUGAGCCUGGUGAGGAGCGAGCAGACGUACAACCAGCCCAUGCAGCAGUGGACUUUCACCUCCGACUUCGCCAUACGAGAUUACUCGGGCACCUACACUGUGAAGCUGGUCCCAUGCACGUCUGCCCCCACCUUCGAGUACAGUUUCCCCCCUGUCUGCAGCCCCCGGGAGCCUGUGACCUUUGACCUUGACAUUCGCUUCCAGCAGGUGAGCGACCCUGUACCCGUGGAAUUCAGCCUGAACACACAAAUGUUCCUGUUGUCCAAGAAGUCACUCUGGCUGUCUGAUGGCUCCAUGGGUUUCGGACAAGAGAGCGACACCGUUUUUGCAGCGGGUAUGAAAGCAGAGUCACAAUUAUGUCCAGUAUGACAAUACCACCACCUUUGGGCCAAAAGACAUUAUUGAUAGCCCGUUUCAAAUGAAGGAACGUAUCUUUCUUUCACAAAAGACAUUCAGUAUGUGAUUCCAUUACUUGCACCAGCACUGUCAGGAAAAAGGUUACAGACCCAGUACAGCUUUGUUUCUCAAGGUACA